CUCCAAACAACUGAUGAGAAGAUUUUAUUGGUUUGCCUGUUGGUGUACUCUGCAGUGAGUAAACUAUUUGUAGGCACCGCACAAAUAAAUUCAGCUAACGCCACAGUAAACUUAAGACCUGUCAUCUUGAUAACAUAGUAGGCUAAUAGUCAACCUCACAUGAUGAUGUUAAGGCAAUGCUUAUUUGCUGUGCUGCUCCAAAUGCAGUUUUGGUCUCAUCUGUUGGCUGCAACAAAUAAUAGCUGUGCGGUUUAUGCUGGGGUACCGGGUAUACCUGGACACAACGGCAUCCCUGGCAGGGAUGGUAAAGAUGGGUCUGCUGGUCAGAAAGGCGAGAAAGGAGAUCCAGGAAUCGGUGCACAGGGACCUCCAGGCAAAAUGGGACCAGCAGGUCCUAUAGGCCCUAAAGGAGAGAAAGGAAACACUGGGCAAGCAGGAAUUGGUGUACAAGGACCACCAGGCAAAACGGGACCAGUAGGUCCUAUAGGCCCUAAAGGAGAGAAAGGAAACACUGGGCAACCAGGCUCUCCUGCUGACAUCAGUUUAACAAAAAGUCUUCAAUCAGAGAACCAAAAACUUAUCAACAGAAUCACAAUUACAGAAAGAGCUUUGGAUGCUGCUGAAAAAACUAUUCAAAAACUUCAGUCAGAUGACAGACAUCUGACCGCCAGACUCAAUGCAAUAGAAAAAGCUUCAAGAUUCAAGAUAUUCAGAAAUGCUGGAAUGAAAUAUUAUGUGUCUUUCGGACUUGAGGGAACUUUUGAUCAAGCUUUGGAGUUCUGCAAAGGGAAUGGAGCGACAAUUGUACUGCCGACCACUGAAUUUGAAAAUAAAAUUUUAAAGACAAUGAAUGUUUUACCUGACUCUACCAAUAUAAUGAUUGGAACAACAGACAAACAGAAGGAGGGGACAUUUGUGGAUCUGAACAAUCAACCGCUAUCUUUUAGCAAGUGGGCGAAAAAGGAGCCUAAUAAUUAUGAUGGAGCAGAGGACUGUGUUGUUCUUAACAGUGAUGGUGAAUGGAAUGAUGUUGGAUGUAAUACAAAAAGGCAUGUGGUGUGUGAAACAAAGGUCUAAUAAAACUCAGCAUAUACUUUCACAAA